AAUUCACAAAAUAUAGAUCAAAGCGUUCCAAAUAACCCUGAUUAUCAACCAACUCCUGAACCAUUCACAUCUCCUGAAAACCCAAAUGAUCCUAAUAGAGGCGGAUGUUUACCCCUCGCAGCCUUAGGUGGGAUGAUCAUUGAACUUGGUAAAAAGAUAUUUAGAUUUUGUCCAAAGGCGAAAUGA